AAAAAAUGUACUUUGGUAUGCGGUAAAUGCGAUUACAGUCAUUAGCGUAAAACAUGGCGUCAGUAUUCCACUGGCAUUUUACAUCUGAGCAUAAGUAUCACUGAUAGUGAAUUAUUAUUGCACAGUGAUAGUCAAGGCGCCAGUGAGUCGAUCUGAGAAGUGCCGUUGUCAAAGUAAAUAACAACGAUUUUUUUUCUCAUUCGCCUAAUCGAAUAGUCAUCGCGUUCCUAUUGACGCUAAAUGUUUGCCAGCACGUGAAUCAAGUGUCUGUCUCUCAAACAUCACUUCUCUACUGCAUCUAAAUCCUGAUAAAGUUGUUCUAAUCGACUUCCAAUCACUUGAACGACACGAGAAAUAAAUAAGGAAGAGGAAAGUUCUCCGGGGGUCACAUGACCUAGGAUGUUGUGGCCAUUGACGUCUUCAUCUUGUCAAUAUUACUGCCACACACAAGGAAAUAUAAAUUGACGUCAAACUAGUCUUGAGAGAUAUGUCGAACAUGAAGCUCAGUAUGCAGGACAAGAAGGAUUUGGAUAAAUUUAUGAAGUUUUUGGCACUCAAGGCUGCUCAGAUUAUUGUGCAGUCCAGAUCAGGAGAGAAGGUCAUUACAAAAUGCAAACCAGACUCGUCUGCAGCUGAUUGGUUCAAUCUGGCAGUUCCCGAUCUUCCCGAAGUCCUAGCAGAAGCCAAAAGAGUUCUCUGUGCAGAAAUAGUGAGUUCUGCGAUCCCUCUUUGCAUUGAAAUUUCCUUGAGGACUGUGGAAGGUGACACGAUGGUCCUAGAAACCUGGAGUCUGGGAGUUUUACCGGAACAAAACGAUCCCACCAUCAGAGUCACCUAUACCGUAUACAAUCGAAUGGGAAUUUUAUUAAAAUCAUUGGUGUCUGUUUCGAGAGUCACACCGGCUUAUAAAUUAAGUAGACGACAAGGACCCGAUUCUUACGUUAUUUGCUACAGAAUUUAUAUGGGAGAACCUCAGUUACACACGUUAGGAGAUAAUUAUAAACACGUUAGGGUAGGCCAAUUAUGUACACCCGUUGGUACGAUACAUUUAUCAGUGUCAUACAGAACUAAAAUGACGAUAUCACCCACUCACACAAGCAGAGAUUCCAUUAUGCUCAAGAGUGAUCAUUUUCAUUCGGAUUUAAGCCCUAGACAUGCUAGAUAUCAACAAAGUGAAGAAACAUCAAAAUCGUUGAGCGAUACAAUAAAAGUGGGAGCAUUUGUGAUAAAUAAACAAGUAGUAGUGAAUGAGGAAGAUCUGGUAAUCCCCGAUGUCCCAUUCAGUUCACUUCUGAUACCUAGACAAACAUCACCACCGCCGGGACCACCAGCGGAGACAGCAAGUGCACCUACAAGUGCUACCACAGCAUCUCCACCGAUUCCAGCUCCUUCUGCUAGCAGCAUCAGUGCAAUAACAUCUGAUAAUCAUAAUGGAAACGACAAAACAAUAAUUGAUAAUGCUACGUCGAAAUGUAACUCCAGGAAUGGCUCUAGACGGAGCAGCUGCUCCAUAACCAGUGCCAAUGACGAUUUCAUUAUGGUAGACUUGAAAACUCCAUUUGCCGGCACAAACACAAACAGCGAUCUGGGUGCCUUCUACAGAGAAUGCCAGAGUGCCCCUCAGCUUCAGGCCUUUAUGGAAGAACAAACAUUAUCAGAUCAAGUUGGCGACUUGACGAAGCAAUUGGAGACGUUUGAGACAAACAUGCAUAAGUACGAGGAUAUACUCACUUCGUUAUGUCAAUCCGACAACAAUAAUUAGUGAAAGAACGAAUUGAGAAUUUCUAUCACUUGGACAGACUGAGCUUCUCUUUCACUUAUGAUAAGGCAAAAAUUAAGUAAUUUAUAGAUUUGGUUAAUGACAGGGGAUGAAACAGGAUUUUCUCAUUUUUCUAUACUUCGCACAUGAGAUUUUUCUAGUCGAUUUGAAGGACUUGUUUAUACGUAAAAGAUUUUAAAAUCUGAUAAAAAUGGUCUUUCGGCAUUUUCCUUCAAAAACUUAUUUUCGCGAGCCGUAAACUAUUAUUUAUGAAUUCAUAUUAUUCACUCAUCUCCUGUUUCUUCCCACAGAAUUGCUGCAGGUUCAUUUAUUAGUUAUCAAGAAUAGAAUUCAAUCGGCUUUCUAUACAAAUGUUUCAGUAAGUAAAAAAAUGUGCUAGAUUUUGCAAUAAAAGCAACUUAAGCGAGUUAACAGAAUAGGCCUUUGGAUUGGGUCUUGAAAAACUGUAUUAAUGCAGAGUUUUUAAUAUUUUAAAAUUUUUUUUCUUUGUUGAAAGAGAGAUUGUUAUGCUUAUUACCUUUAUAAAACAGAAUCAAUUGAGAAAAUAUAAUUGACACGUUAAAGUGAGGGAAAAAAGUGGUUUGCUAUCAAUAUAUUAUUAUAGUUUUCAUUAGACCCAUGAUAAAUUAUUGUCUGUAUAUACUGUAAAUUACGUUUGUUGUAAUGUUUAUUAUUGAUUGUCAUAGGAAUAUUAUUUUUUUUAAAUAAUACUUAUGAAUUACAUGAGAAUUGGUUCAUUAA